GCCUUCUGCCUGAUCAGUAUCGAAGCCUGUACACCUUUGGCUUCUUCAAUGCAAUUCAAUCCGCUUGUUUUGACUCGGUACGCUCUUUGCAUACUGCUAUCUGGGUACAUUCUAAUCCUUUCUUGAUUUGAACGGUACUCAAGGUUUUGAAUACAGAUGAAAACAUGGUGGUAUGCGCUCCGACCGGUUCCGGAAAAACCGUCAUCUUUGAGCUUGCAAUGAUCAGGAUGCUGAUCAAAGGCAACCCUGAGGAUCAGGCGGUGUACAUGGCCCCGAGCAAAGCGUUGGUCGCGGAACGCGUCCGUGACUGGACUCGUCGCUUCGCCCCGCUGGGAAUCACUGUCGCUGAGCUUACUGGCGACACCCAUUUCAGAGACGUCAAGGCUGCAAAGUCCGCUCGUGUGCUGGUCACUACACCCGACAAAUGGGACGCGACCACCAGACGGUUCUUGCAGCAGCAAAAGCUGCAGUCCCGUGUGCGCUUAGUGAUGAUUGAUGAGGUGCACAUGCUCCGUGAUGCGAGAGGACCUCGCCUGGAAGCUGUGGUCGCACGAGUUAAAGUUCAUGGAAACUCUGUCCGCAUAAUCGCUCUUUCAGCUACGGUUCCGAAUGUUCAGGAUGUGGCCGACUGGAUUGGAAAUGACAACUCACAGGCGCAUACAUCCAGCAAGCUGUCAGCCCAAGUGUUCCGCUUUGGCGAGGAAUAUCGUCCUGUUCCUUUGAAACGCUUCGUUUACGGAUAUGGAAAGCAUGAAGUUGCCGGGUACAGCAACGCGCUCGACAAGAAAUUGCUUGCCUUAAUCAAAGACCAUGGAAAAGGCAAGCCAGUGCUGAUCUUCGUUCCGACGCGCAAUGCGACUAUCCAAAGUGCAGACCACCUAGCGAAGGAGUAUUCAAGUCUCCGCAGUGGCCCAAUGAGACCACCUUGGCCUAUCCCCAAAGCUAUCAACGCAUCCUUUGACCAUCUGAAGCUUUCUACCGUCGCCAAGCAGGGCAUUGCUUUCCAUCAUGCUGGCCUGUCUCUCAGGGAUCGAAAGACAAUUGAAGAAAUGUUUCUUGAUGGUCGUCUCAGCGUACUUUGCUGCACCUCGACCCUAGCUGUUGGAACCAACUUGCCAGCCCAUUGUGUCAUCGUUCGCGGAACGCAGAUUUUCGACGAGACUUGGAAAGAGAUGUCUGAGCUAGACCUGAUCCAGAUGCUGGGAAGGGCGGGCCGUCCUGAAUUCGACAAUGAGGGCUGUGCGGUGAUUAUGUGCGACUCUCAGCUCAAAGAAAAGUAUUCGAAUCUCGCGUCUGGAGACACUACGAUCGAAUCACACCUGGGGGAAGAAUUGAAGGAGCAUCUAAACUCCGAGAUUGGCUUGCACGGGUUUUCGACCUCCGAUGCCUUGUUGCGCUGGAUCAAGGCAACUUUCUAUUACGUUCGGCUGAGGAAGAAUCCAGAGCGGUAUGGCCACAAGGCACUUGACGAGACAUUUGAUUGCGACAAGCACCUGUACAAGAUCUGCUCUGAAGCUUUAACUAGCUUGAAAGAGAGCACGUUGGUGUCGAUAUCUAAUGAGAACGACCAGAUUCACGCGACGGAAUUUGGAGACAUCAUGGCGAAGCAUUUUGUCAGCUACAAUUCAAUGUUGAGCCUUAUGAAACAAUCGGAGCACCCCAUUAGCACAAAGGAAGUGCUCGAGAGGAUUUCUGAAGCCGAAGAAUUCAAAACGCUCCGUCCGCGUAGAGGAGACAAGGAUUUUUACGCAGCACUGAUGGCACAUGAUGAUAUCCGCUACCCCCCGGCAAAAGUCUCGGGCGCCCCAGAAAAAGUGUCACUAUUGAUACAAGUUGUUCUCGCAGGAAUCGCAACUUCAGAGUUAAAGCAGCCGCAGCAAAGCAACCCUGUUCUCGAUUCACGGACUAUAUUUCGCGUCGCCCCACGCUUAUCACUUGCAGCCCUGGAUAUCGCCCUCGCUCGCAAAGAUGGGCAUUUCACAGCUGCAGCCUUUGAAGUCAUGCGCGCGAUGCAUGGCCAAGCCUGGGACACGUCACCGUCGGUACUACGUCAACUGGACGGUAUCGGAGAGAAGUCUAUGCGUGUUCUGUCUAUGUCCGGCAUCUCAUCUAUCAGAGAUGUAGCGACAUCCGACCCUCGUCGUCUUGAGCAGCUGCUUUCAAGGCAUCCUCCAUUCGGAAACAAGCUGGUGGCUAAUGCAAAACAAUUCCCUGCAAUCACGCUUGGGCUACAUCAGGUCGGAAAGGCAAGAGGGUCGUCAGGUCUCUCGGUAACUAUGGUGGUAGAAGUGGGACUCGAGAUCUGCGAUGCAAUAUUGAGCAAGCGCACGGACGACGGGACCAUCAGCUUCGCCGCCAUUCUGACCAUGACCUCGGACAAACAGCUGGUCGACUUUCGAAGGACGCCGAUAAAAGUUUUGGCUCGUGCUUCACCACAGACUUUCACCGUCAAAUGCCCACUGACAAAGCCAUCUCAGAGGAUCAUCUGUGUUGCUGCUUGCGACAACAUUGCCGGUACUGCGCUCAAAGCGGAGCUCCGACCCGACGCAGACCCGGCUGAGUAUCCGGUCCCAGAAUUGGACAAAGAAGCAGGAGAGACAGUGCUUGAACAGGUUCAGAAUUCCGAAAUCCAAUCUGAGCCGGUCGCGUGUGGACGAGCUCGCAGCUACGUCGAAAUCCACCCUCACGACUGUCCCGACGCUCAACAGAACAAGUUGGCAGAUCGGAGAUGCAAACAUACCUGUCGAAGGCCUUGCAAGCACGCCUGUUGCAACGAAGGCGUCAAAAAGAGAACCACAGCGGCGAAGCAAUAUGUCUUUAAGGCCACGACACCGAAUGACGGCCCUGAUCACUCCUCUUCUAUGAGCAUGACAGUCAAAGAGAAGCCGAGCAAAGCAAAGCAAAGGAAGUUUACGCAUAAACCAUCCGCCGAAAAGCGAAAGGCAGGAUACCUUUCUGACGACACCUCUGACGACGAUCUGCACGCCGGACCUCUGUCAAAAAUAAAAUUGCACAAGACAAUUGAAUCGAAGAAGGCAGCUAUCAACAAUGCUUUUAGCGACUCUGAGGAUGAAUUCAAUGACCCUUCAUUUGAUGAGAUCCUUUCCAAUGUUGAGGUCGAGAAGCAGGCAACCACAACCAACAAUAUCACUACUACCACUGCGAAUAAUCAGGUUCCGAACCAAAACAAAAAGGUUUCCAGAAGAGCAUCCUCGCUCUUCAAUCAGCUCGACGACAGCGAUUGGCCCUCAAAGCCGAAGCUGCACCGUUCAUCUGAAGCCUCGGGUCUUUCGACCGCUACGUAUGUGCAAGGCUUGCAAAAAAAUCAUCUCCCAGCAAUCCACACAUUGAACUCAACUGCGGCUGGUAAAUCCAUCGAUCCAUUGCAAGAUGCGGAAGAAGAUCAACUCGACAGGGAUGAUGACAUUGAUGAGCAUUACCCUGCAUUCGCCGAUGGCGUCCACCCUCAGGCUACAAUAUCUUUCGUUCGCGGUGCAGAUGAAGAUGUUGAUGCCGAAGUUGAUCCAGCACAUCACCGCACAGAUGAGCCUCAAGCUGCGGUACAGGCACUCGACCCGAUGUGCGAGUCAAUCUCAUCUUUCCCUGGUGACAUAGGUGCAAGCUUGAGUCGCGGUCAAAAAGCCGUCGACAAUGACGACAGGGAGGAGGAAGAGAUGAAAUUUGGCGAGUUCAUCGAGGGUUGGGGCGAAGAUUCAACCGUGGCUGGUCCCGAUGACCUGCCUACAAAAGCAGCCCAGCUGGAUGACCAAGUGAUGAGCUUUGAGGAUGAUCAAUGCUCGAAUAUCGGUGAUUCGGGAAGUCAAGAAGCCUCUCGUAUGAGAUGUGUGGCUUUCGACACCCUUGAUACGAUCGAAGAGAUUUCGGAGCCUGUCGUCCCCGCUUCUGAACGUGCAACAUCUGCAGCGCCUGCACAUCAGUCGCAAGCAGCACUGAUCCUGGAAUCCUCGACUUCUGCAGCAACACGAGGUCAACCGGACAUCCCAAGCGCAAGUUCUGUCGCCGCAUGUCAAACGAAAGGCAAGCGUACUCGAAGCUCAGACAAAUUGUCUACGGCCAAGCAGCAGCAACAUCAGCAGAAGCAACCAGGCACGAACGAUGUUUCCGGCGGCCACGUUAGCGCAAGCUCAGAUGCAAUGGGACAAGAGGACGGCGCUUUGCUCAUGGACGAGUUGGAUGCAUGGCUGGAGAGCAACGAGGCGGAAAAGAUGGCAGAUGCAAUUGCCAGUGAGAGGUAGGGUGCAGGUAGAGCAAAGAAGGAAGGCUAAAGCCGAGCUAAGCCAUAUGGAUUCGCGGUCCCAGACCCUCAAGCACGUCCGUGCCCGUCAGCUGCCCAUUGUGUCCCAGAAACCAACGAAUUGUAUUCAGAAGAUUCGAGCAACAUGCUGUCAUUGG